AUGUCUGACAAUGACUGCCAAUCGGAGGAGUUCUUGUGGAGCUUGGGCGUUGGAGCCUCGCUUCCUUCUUGGCUGCAAGACAUGCGCCACGAGCAGCGGCGACGGGGUCUGAAUCAAGGCCCUCACGUCGACACGCGCAGCAAGGAACGCCUGGGCAUUGGGCCUCAAGUUGGGAGCGGUCGUCCUCAUGCCGUGGCCAGACGAGCGACUCCUGAUGGCGUAAAAAACACAGAAGUGGAGAUCAAAGACCAAUCGGUAGCCGAAGCCUUGGCGAGCCCAAGACGGGUUUGCAUGGCCCUGGAAAGCUGCAGCCUGAAGGACUGGCUAGUCAGUCUAGAUGAGGCCGGUUUUCUCGUACAGUACCAUGAUGGCAUAGCGAGCAAGCUGGACAGCGUCGCGCAAAUCGUUGAGACGUACGGGAAGGACUCGGGCGAAGUUGACCCUCAGUUUUUUGACGAUGCUGGGAUCACCAAAUUAGGACAUCGCCGCCUUUUCCAGAAGUGGUUUCGCGAAAACCGUUUCUCUGGAGGCAUGAGACAUCUUUCGGAUCAGACCUUAAUCGGAGUCCAGCACGCGCAAAAGGCUUUCAAUUGUGGGAUGCUAAAGAAUACGAAUACGGUCGAUGCCAGGCUCCAGGAACUGCGCGGAAGUUGCUAA